AUGAACGCUUUCAACGCUGUCUUCCGUCGUGCCUACAGCACUAAGGCCCUCAUUCCUCCUAACGUCGCUGCUGCUACCAAGGUGUCCGGUUCUGGUGCCAAGGAUGCUCAGCUUGCUCAGCUCGUCACUUUCUACAAGAACCUUCCCAAGGGUACUGCUGAAGCCCCCAAGCCUUCUGGUCCAUGGGCUCGCUACAAGGCCCGUUACAUUGACGGUGAGAACGCCUCUGUCACUCCCUUGCUUCACCUCAUCUUUGGUGUCUUCGUUGCUGGCUACACUAUCGACUACCACUUCCACUUGAAGCACCACAAGAACGUUGAGCACCAUUAG